UGCGGUCCAAGGCAGCCCGCCCGAAAAACCUCAACAGGUAGUGCAGCUAGGUGCACUCAAGCACUACCACCACCAUCUCGCACCUUAUCGCCACACAGUUAACUUCGCUGGGGGACCCCGUUUGGACCCCACUCCGGCAUCAACUGCAAGAUUUGUUUACCCGACAACCUCAAUUACCUACAUUUCACCGCUAGAGCGAUUCGGUCGUUGACAGUACGGUAUCAUGGACUCGAUGCGAAGUUUGAACACCUCCCUCCCGGGCGCCUCCGCCGCCGCCAAGCAGCCGACGCAAAAUGACUCCCCCGAGCAACUCAUCGACGCCUUCAAGGCCGCCGCGCUCUCCGUGACGAAACUCUACAAGACCUCUGCGGCUGCCCAAUCCAAGGCCCGCAUGGACGGCUACCAAGACUGCCUCGACGACCUGCUAUCAUUCCUCGACAAUGAGAGAAUCGGGCUUGGCGACGGCGACGGCUGGAGGAUCCGAAGCUGGGCGACCGAGAGGCUUGACGGUGCCAGAGAUGCGGGCUCCCAGAACGCUGAGAGCGACGACGAGGCGGACAAGGCGGAAACUGCCUCCUCUCCGGAGCUGAACAGGGCGAGCAGCGGCACACAUCUCUCGUCCCAACUGAGGACGGACUCGGCGCCCCCUAGCAUCCCGCAGCCCGUCGAGGAAGAGCAAGAGGAAGGGCGGGAACCGGUAUCAGUCACGGUACCGACGGCAGACUCUUUCACCUUUCAAUCAUCUCACCCUUGGCCGCCUCAGCCGCAGCAACAAGACGCCUACCUGAACCUCGCAAACCUGGACCUCUCAGACUCUCGGACACACGACGCAUCAUCAACAAACGCAAACCCCGCAACGCGCACAGCAAGACCACGACACCCCGCCAACAUGCCCCGCUCAGCAUCAAGACAAGGGAGCAACCUCGGCCGUGGCGCGGGCUCGAAGCGCAAGAUCAAUUUUGCAGAGAUAUUCGACCUCAGCAGUCUAGACAAGAACAUGUUUGGCGGCGGGCCAAAGCGUAGCAGGCACACAUAGUGCAUUUGCCCGACUAG